AAUGUGUCUUCUUCAGCACCCACCUGCGUGUGUGUGUCUCUGGAAGGAAAGUUGGAUGCAAACUCAGCAGAGUGUCCGGAAAGGGUGAGGUGGAGAAGUCAGUCUCUAGUGCCGCCCAAAUGGAGCUGCUGGUAGCUGCUGUGUUUAUGACGGUGCUGCUCGGCUCUCAUGGCCAAAGCCAAACUUCUGUGGUUUCUGCAGACUGUAAUGAUGUAGAAAUAGAAGAGGAUGCAGGGCUGACCCUUGACUUGAUCAAUAAACACCGCAGGGACGGCUACAUUUUUGCUCUAUUCCGUGUUGCCGAUGCUCACGUUCAGCAUGCGGGAAAUGCAUCCAUUGUCUACUUAACUCUGGAUGUCCUGGAAACAGAAUGCUCCGUAUUAUCCAGAAGAAAAUGGUCGUCUUGCGAACACAGGCAGUUCUAUCCCUAUACGGACUUUGGGCAAUGUAAAGCUGUUCUGUACAUAAACCGCGUUUUCAAGAAAGGCGGACUGUAUGGAUACAACUGCACUGUGAGCCCAGUUCCACCCGAAUUAUACGAGUGCAGGAGGUGUCCGGUGAGAACAACAGUCGUACAAGACGUUGAAGGGUACACAAAAGAAGCCAACAGGAUCUUGGAGAGAUACAAUCAGGAGAGCAACCAGACACACUAUUUCAAAGUGGAGGAAAUCCAAAAGGUUUUUAGUGCGGUAGCUGACCGUACAGUGUACAUUGUUGAAUUUACCAUAAAAGAAACCUCAUGUCCAAGAUCCACUCUUGCAAAAAACAUAUCGGCAUGUGAAUUUCUCCCAGACAGAUAUGCGCACAUGGGAUUCUGCACUGGAAGAGUCGUUAAAGAAGACCCCAGUGGGGUUGAAAUACAGUCCUGUGAAAUCUAUGACAUUCAAUAUGGCUGGCCUCCCUUCCUCCACCUCGAUUCAGGAGAGCACUAUCAUCGUUGGAACGAGUCUGGGCAAGGAUGCAGAUAUCCACCUAAUGGUCCACCACACUGGCAUCGUCACCCUCAUCGCCGCCACUACCACCACCAUUAUCCUCAUCAUCCUCAUCGGCACCACCAUCACCACCGUGGCUGUAGACAUCAACAUGGGCAUAGGCAUGGGCGUAGAUGUCCACCACUUCCUCACCAUGGUCCUGCAUGGCCCACAGGCCACCACAAUUCCUCUGAACAAUACCCUGACUUUCCCCCUCCUCCUGGACCUUAUUACCCUCCUCCACCCCCUGGUGGCCCACACCAUCUUCCUCCGAGUAAAUAUCCCCCACCUCCUGCUGGCCCUCCUCCACCCCCUCCUCCUCAUAGGCCUCAUGGUAAUUUUCCUCCCCCUCCUAAAUGGCCCCAUGAUCGUCCCCCACCUCCUAAAUGGCCCCAUGAUCUUCCCCCACCUCCUAAAUGGCCCCAUGAUCUUCCCCCACCUCCUAAAUGGCCCCAUGAUCUUCCCCCACCUCCUGGCCGCUGGCACGGCCACCGCCAUGACUGCAGGUAUAAUGACACCUCAGCUGAAAGAAGUGGAGGUGGGUCCUCUGAAGAGCACAAUUCAUUCAGAGACCACCAUUCUUUCCAUAACGGCGAUGUUGGUUCAAUCUAUUACAUUCCAGUUGUGAGUCAACAUGAUGUUCUCCAGGCUCCUGGUGCACACUUCUUUGGUGGAGCAAAGAGUCCACAUGGAAGACACCAUGAGACCACUUUGCCUGGCAUAGGCAUGAGUGAGAAGCCAGUACCGCAACCGUUUCCAGAAGUUCCUUCAGAAUCAAAAUUAUGCCCAGGGAAGCCGAAACACGAUCGCCCAGACUUUUUGUCUUUAUAUCCACACUGAAACACAUUCCUCUUAAGUGAAAAUGUUUGUAAUUGCAUAAAUAUGUAGCUCCAUGGGCCAGCGGCAUCACUAGCGGGAGUGUGGGGGAGUGCGGACCUCCGGCGCGCGCCCUCCCAGGGGCAUGGACAGGGGUGGCUGGUGUUUCUCUCUUGCGUACGCGCACUCACCACAUGCUCCAGGCUGAUGGUGGAAGGCCCGUCCAGGCUUCACCACCAGUGAGUGGGCACCUGCUUUCGGCACACACCGGACCGGGUGCCAGGGGGGCCUUGGCGAGCCCCCAAAUCUUGUGCUGAGCACGCACGUGCGUGUGAGGCCAGCCACCCCCGUCCAUGCCCCUGGAAGGGCGUGUGCUGGAGGGGCACCCAGCUGGAGAAGCAGGCCUGGGAACACUGGCGCGCCUCCCUCACCCCGCCGAUGCUGCUCCAGGUAUCACCCGCCCGCCUGCGUGCCUCCGAGGAGGAGUUGGCUGCUCUGACCAACCCAGAGCGCUUCUCGGCUCCUUUGCCGGGCAACGGCGCGGGGCGGGGCGGCUCUGGGUGUCACCCCCCUCAUGGUGUCACCUGGGUGCAAUGCGCACCCCCUGCAUCCCGGUAGUGACGCCCCUGCCAUGGGCCUCAGUCACAUGAACUGAACCUCAGAAAAAUAAAACAUCUAUAUGCACAAAAUA